AUGGGGCUCAGCGACGGGGAAUGGCAGCUGGUGCUGAAUGCCUGGGGAAAGGUGGAGGCUGACAUCCCGGGCCACGGGCAAGCCGUCCUCAUCAGUCUCUUCAAGGGGCACCCCGAGACCCUGGAGAAGUUCGAAAAGUUCAAGAACCUGAAGUCGGAGGACGAGAUGAAGGCCUCCGAGGACCUGAAGAAGCACGGUGCCACCGUGCUCACGGCCCUGGGCGGCAUCCUCAAGAAGAAGGGGCAGCACGAGGCAGAGCUGAAGCCGCUGGCCCAGUCCCACGCCACCAAGCACAAGAUCCCCGUCAAGUACCUGGAGUUCAUCUCCGAAUGCAUCAUCCAGGAGCUGCAGAGCAAACUCGGGGCCGACUUCGGGGCCGACGCCCAGGAGGCCAUGAAGAAGGCCCUGGAGCUGUUCCGGAACGACAUCGCUGCCAAGUACAAGGAGCUGGGCUUCCAGGGCUAA